UCUACCCGGCCCAGUCAUUUAUCAUCCUCAUUCUACAUCACCGACGCUUUUCGACUCUCCCGUCACCUAACCCCGUCGAGGAUGAGCCCUCCUCUACGGCCCAUUUUGCCUUGUCCACCGGGUGCGAAAAGUACCUCCGAGGGCUCCACUAGUUCUCAGAAGCGCAAAGUCACCAAGAUUGCGUGUAAACCAUGUCAGCAACGUAAAUACAAGUGCGAUGGAACUAGACCAGCUUGCAGAGCUUGCGUUGGGAAGUCGUUACCAUGUCAUUAUGAUUAUGCAGAAGGACAGGAGCGUCCAUCGCUAAAGAGGAAGAAUCUGGAGUUGCAACGAGAUCUUGGGAGCACACUAGAGCUGCUCCACCAUUUGCGACACGGAUCUGAAGACGAUGCUCGUAAUCUUUUCACAAGGAUACGAGAAGGAGAAGACCCAUCGACAAUCGUUGCAUCGUUGAAUCAGCUGGGUAUUGGGACGAACAUACCGAAUCGAUCACCAACACCCCGCGAAGAUGUGUCGCCGGAAAGGACUGAAGAGGCAGCUCCGCCGUCUCGGCCAGCGCCCGGUCUAAUCGAUCAAAAGUCACAUCUCAUUACGCUCCCGUUGGGACAUGGCCCAGCGCCAAAGCUUCCCCCGAUCGGACACCCUACGUAUGAGAAUCAUACUGACCCUCCAAUGAUACCUCCAAUCCGGAGCAUCAUUGGCCCCCACGAACGUAUGAUGGUUUCCGACACCUCCAAGCCGAAGGUGUUAGCAGAAUCAAUCCGAGCACAAAGGGAAACUAUCAGACAGUCAUACUCUACAUUCUUGCAAUGCUCAGCUACGUCUUUUCACGUGUACUCCCAAGAACAGGUCAAUGGUCUGCUCGAUGCCUUUCGCCCCGAGUGUACUGACAUAUCCCUAUCAACACUGUGUUCUACGUGUGCCGUUGCAGCAGUUGGAGAAAGGUUCUAUCCGGGUCCAGUCUCUCCGUCAGACUAUAGUCAUUUCUUCAAUGCUGCCAAACAAUUACUUGAUGAUUGCAUAGACCAAACACCUCUCCAGGCGAUCAAAGUUUGUGCUCUUCUGGGAAUGUGCAAUAUCAUCACCAAAUCUACUGCCGCCCUGGCUUACAUAGAGCUGGGGCUUGGUUUGGCUCGUAGUCAAGGAAUAUUCGGCGAGCAGUGUCGACCUGAUCUAGACAUCGGCACCUGGAACGACAAGCGGAGGGUCUGCCAAAUAAUGAUCUUCUACAGAGGUUGGCUUCGUGUAACAUCAUCCAUAACAACAAUCGAAACAGACGAUGCAGUUACUUCUCACAAUCUUGACAAGUUUGGGGAUAGCGAUGUCAUCAGAAAUUCUGGAAUCCAGGUAGAAGUAUUGGCCAUGAUCAAAAUAAUGAUGCACAUAUGUCGCGUGGUACUUAGCACGCGCUUUUCGCUUUCAUGGUCAAGGGGCAUUCAAAGUCUUUUCCACGACUGGCUUCAGACUUUACCAGAUCAAAUGCGGCUCGAUUUGCGAACGCGAUUACUUGAUCCCAAUGAACGAGUAUACAUGUUGUCUCUUCACUCUUUCUCGUUUGGAGGUAAGAUGUUGAUGUACCGAUGGGUGUUAUCAAGCUUCAUCGACCCAGGGCUGGAACAUGGCGCGAUGACACAAGAAACGCAAGAGGACACGACUAAUUGCAUCGAGGACGGGAUAUUGUCUGCUGGAAAGGCUGCCGAAAUACUUCAUGUAUUCUACAUGGAAGGCAUGGCCGUGAAAUACUUCUGGUUUUGCAUGUUUCAAGCGUACCUCUCCUGUUGCAUACUCCUUUACGACGAUCUACAGAGGAUUUUAUGCUCUGAACCCCUCGAAAGCCCCUCUAAAAACCUGGAGUGGGUGGAAAAGUCGCUGGAAGUUCUCGCAUGGGCGAGCAAGCUUUCCAAGAGGGCUCACCAGUUCCAUGAUAUCUUACACCCUAUUUACGAACUUGUCAAAGGAUCAGCGGUGUCAUAUCACAUCCGAAGAUCUCCUCCUCGGCAUUUGCAUUAUCACUUUGCGAUAGUGGAGGGCACCUCGCCGCUUCAGCAGGCUGCGCAGAAGCUUAACCGUUUGCUUUUCAUCCCCCUCGUUACCAUCUCGAAGCAAACCCAUAUCCAGAGCAACGUGCCUAGCGACCAAGAGCCACUUCUACCAAGAUUUGCAGAUGCAGGGCUGGGCAUGCACCUCUAUUGGGCAUUGGAAUUCGCCGCACCAUGCUUUUCUAGCGAUGAUUUUGCCCAAUCGGACAGUGGCACAUCAUCCGGGGCAUUGUUCUGAAACAAAGUAAAUACAAUGCAGCCCUCAUUCAGCUUUGGCUUCCCCGAUGCAACUAUUUCUGACCAACGAAUCAACCUAUAUCAAUCGCCAGAGGCUGAUCUAGUUGGGGCUGAACUUCGCUCCUAUUUCGUACUAUGCUUUUUCCGCCAUUUGCUUAAUUGCAGCGCAACAUGAUUGCUUUAGGCAUAGUGGAGCCACUUCCAUUUUCAUUCUCCUCGGAGACCAUGGUGGACUUCAGCUGAGAUACGUGAUUCCAUUAUUCAUAUUGUGUUAGGCUUCUCGGUAUCUGUUCUCGGUUUUCAGGAUGGAUGACGUCUGAUUUCUUUCCAGCGUAUGCAUCAAUUGGCCAAGACGCGGGAUGAUUGGCAGCACAUAGGCCCAGGGUAAACGACAUACAUAAUAAUACCAAU